AUGGCUAACCGUAGGAGGUGGAACACAGCUGGAGCUGAUGACAUAGCUCAGGCGAUCCAUCGUAUGGUGGACGCGAUGCAGCCCAUAGCGGCGCCACCCAAAGCUGUAGUGGCACCUACCCGACCAGUAUCCAUGGAGGAUUUCAUGAAACACCGGCCGGCCAAGUUCUCUAGCAAGGCCACUCCUGAUGAGGUAGAUGCCUGGAUGCGAGAAUGCGAGAAGAUUUGUAGAGUGUUGGGGUGCACGGAUGAGCAGAGGCUGUUGUUUGUCACAUUUCUCCUGGUGGCAGACGUAGAGUAUUGGUGGCAGGGGAUGCAGCAGUUGAUGCAGACCCGUGAGGAGCAGGUGACAUGGACUGCCUUCAGGACGAGGUUCCUGGAGAAGUACUUUCCCGACAGUGCGAGGCACGAGAGAGAGGCAGAGUUCCUCACUCUUCAGCAGGGGACCAUGACUGUGGCGGCAUACAUAGAGAGGUUCAAAUAUCUAGCGCGUUUCUACACUCCAGCAGUCACCAAGGAGUGGAGGUGUAGGAAGUUCGAGGGCGGACUAAAACAUGAGUUACGCCGUUUCCUGGUGCCACUUCGGAUUAGAGAGUUUCCAGUUUUGGUCGAGCAGGCCAAGACUGUGGAGCAGUUGGAGACUGGGUCGAGUAGUGGAGGGAAACAGCAGAGGACUACUCCAGAUGUCAGACCACAGAGGAAACCUUAUAGCAUGAUGAAUGAUUAUCUUGUUCCUUUUUAA